CGUGAUGUUCACAGAGAUGCAUGUCACUUGUCCAAAGAACAUGAUGUCAACGCUCUUACCAGAGGAUGUCUUCAUAUACUCGAAAAAUCUGAUCUUCAUCGGCCCAGGUGGUUCUAUAACUAUCACUGGGGAAUUCAAGAAAUCAGGAGACACCAGUGUAACUAUAGAGUCAAAACAAGCGAAGACCGUGAAUCCGCCGAAGACCUUGUCGAAACCUAGUGGAGCCGAUGGAGAAGUGGACCUCGUGAUUUCCAACCGAGGACAUCUCCUGACAUGCCUUAUCGGCGGGAAGGAAAUUCAGAUUGCUCCGGUCUUUGCUUCGUAUGACCCACCCGCUGUCAAAGUAAAAAACUUUGACAGUAAAAAACUAAAAGGACAGGCCUCAGCGACAGCAAGCUGGUGACUUAAAAUAAAC